AUGCAAGAUCUAGACCCAAAGGUAUAUCCUUUGGCAUCAUCACCGACUCCGUCGUCGUUAAGGAACUUCCAGUUCGACCUCGGGGGAAAGCCCGUUGUAUUCAACGAAUCUGAGGAUACCACAGGAACUCUUAAUGAGCUCAAUGAGAAGAAUAAUGCGUUGAAAGCCUCCAAUGGACUCGUUCGAUCUGUGACUUCAUUUAGUUCAGAUGACGCCCAGUUACCGCGACAUUUCGGCACUCCAAGGGUAUCGAACCAACCAUCUGCGCGUCCGUCUAUUUCUAAGCGUCGCCCGUUACCCGCCCCAGAGUCCCAUCAGAACUCCUUGCACCUACAUGCCAACAGGAUUCCGUCAGAGCCUUCACUUCGUUCCACUCGUUCUCAUGGAUCUACCCCAACGCAUCUGAUAGCACCUGGGCUGGCCACUCCCGAGACGGAAAGCAAUAGUUAUAAUGCCAAUGAAAGCAUACCGUCUCGAAGACGGAUUCACAGUGCAUAUAUCCCCCGCAGAGAGACAUUAUUACGCUCACCUCUUUCUUCCGAGGUUGAGUCUCAAGAUAGCUCGCAGGCUUCUGCCCCAAAGAGAGAAUUACUGCGUACCAGGACUGUGGUUUCCGAAAGAAACAAACGGCUGGGGCGCCCAGACCACAAGUUGCCAGGUGCCGAAACAGAGAUUAGACCCGGUGACGCGUCAGUGACACCAGGUGCAAGCCAAGAUACCACCUAUGACACCUCGGAGGAGGUUUCUCAGCAACUAUCCGCCGGGUCACUAUCCCAAGUCCCAAGUGUCGGCAGUGUUGCUGCCCAGGAUAUGUGCUUGCCCAGCCCCAGCCUGUCUCCAGUUGCAGCCAUGAAUGCACUGAACGCCGAUUCGUCGUUCGAUUCGGCUGAGGAACCUGAAAUGGAUACGGAUUCAAGUUUUGAUCACAACGAGCCUCAACUCCUGAGUUCAUUGCAUAUAGGAGACGCGAAGAUUAAUGGGCCGUCUAAAUCCACUAGCCUGGUACCGGGCUCUGACAUUCCACGACCGUCUUCAUUGAUGGAUAUUCCCAAUGUGUUGGAAUUCUUCGAUUCUGUCCCCGAUGGAGUAAAGACUUACCUCAUGUACCAACUUUUGAGGCGCUGCCCUAAACCGACGCUACAUUUUGUCGCUGAUGUCGUCAACCCCGCAUUAAAGUGCGAUUUCCUAGCACUUCUGCCUCUUGAACUUAGCCUAAAUAUUGUGAAGUAUUUCGACGCUCUCACUAUGUGCCGUGCGGCCCAAGUGUCUAAGAAAUGGAGGCAUAUUAUCAAUUCUGAUGAAAAGAGCUGGAAAGAACUAUUUGACAGAGAUGGAUUUGUUCUUCCUGAAGGCGAGCUGGAUCGUUCCAUCAAGGAAGGCUGGGGAUGGCAAUUCCCUAAUGGGAGUGAGGACUGGGAGAAAGAUCUCGGCAUGUCUACCUUCAUAAAGCCCGAUCCCGAGUCCGCUUCUCCUUCUACCUUACCAUUACUGGCUGGACCAAGUGAUAGGUCUCCAUCAGUACAUCGUCGGCCAAAAAGGAAGGCUUGCACACGUGUAUCCUCCCGAAAACUUGCGAAACGGAAGAUAUCAUCCAGCGGAACGGACCACUCCGAGUCUGCGGACUGGAGGAAGGAAGUUUCUGCAACCGAGGGCCCGUAUGCUGCAGCUAAUGCCGCUGCCGCCGCCGUGCCAUAUCCAGGUAUCGGUUUGCCUUCCCUUCAGGGCCUUCAUCUUUACAAAUCCCUCUAUCAGCGCCACUAUUCCAUUCAUAAAGCUUGGAUGAAGCCUAAUGUCAAGCCAAGACAUAUUGCUUUUCGUGCCCACGAUCGUCAUGUAGUUACAUGUCUCCAAUUUGACACGGAGAAGGUAUUGACCGGGAGUGAUGACACCAACAUCAACGUGUACGACACGAAAACUGGUGUCCUAAAGGCGACACUCGAGGGCCAUGAAGGUGGUGUCUGGGCGCUUGAAUACCAUGGCAACACCCUUGUUUCUGGGUCGACUGAUAGAUCAGUUAGAGUCUGGGAUAUUGAGAGGGCAAGGUGCACACAAAUCUUUCACGGUCAUACUUCCACAGUGCGAUGCUUGCAAAUUGUAUUACCAGUAGAAGUUGGAAGAAAGGCGAAUGGCACCCCGGAAAUGAUGCCAAAAGAGCCGUUGAUCAUUACAGGGUCUCGGGACUCAAACCUGCGAGUAUGGAAGCUACCAAAACCUGGUGAUCCAGGCUACUACCAGAGUGGACCUCAGGUCGAUGAUACUGAUUGCCCGUACUUCGUCCGUGUUCUAACCGGCCACCAGCAUUCAGUUCGUGCAAUCGCUGCCCAUGGUGACACACUAGUAAGCGGAAGUUAUGACUGCACGGUACGAGUAUGGAAAAUAUCUACUGGGGAGACUUUACACAGACUCCAAGGUCAUACUUUGAAGGUGUACAGUGUUGUCCUAGACCACAAACGAAACCGUUGUAUCAGCGGGUCCAUGGAUAAUAUGGUGAAAGUGUGGUCAUUGGAAACCGGGUCUGUCUUGUACAAUCUUGAAGGUCAUACGUCCCUGGUCGGCCUACUAGACCUGAAAUGCGAUCGUCUGGUCUCGGCAGCUGCGGACUCCACUCUAAGAAUAUGGGACCCGGAAACUGGACAAUGUAAGAACAUGUUAAGCGCUCAUACGGGUGCAAUAACAUGCUUCCAGCAUGAUGGUCAGAAAGUCGUGUCGGGAUCUGAUAGGACGUUAAAGAUGUGGGAUGUGCGAACUGGCCAAUGUGUUCGGGAUCUUCUCACCGACCUUAGCGGAGUAUGGCAGGUCAAGUUCAAUGACCGAAGGUGUGUCGCUGCAGUGCAGCGUGAUAGCUUGACUUAUAUUGAGGUUCUCGACUUUGGUGCUUCGCGCGAUGGCACUCCCGAGGAUCAAUUAGGAAGACGCAUUGUUGUCAACCGUUGGGGCCAAGAAGUCAGCGACGCCGACGAAGAUUAUGAUCUGUCUGAUGCCUGA